AUGGCAGACCUACAAACAUCCCUGGUAGGCCUGCGCGGCCUGUUCCAGGAUUUGUCUGCCCUGACACAAAUUCCUCCGACGAAUCUUGAGCGACUAGCGGUUGGGUUGGAAACACAUAUCUCUGCCUUUCGAGCACUCCUGGACAAACCGGCAAAGAAUGACACGAGUCGUCAAAAGAUCCUCUCAGGGAAGAUCACGAUCGACAACGAGGAGUACUCAAUCAACGAGGAGUUUCAACAAAGCGCAUUGCAGCUGGCUGAUGCUUUGAAUAUCGAUGAACUCAGAGCAGCUGCGAUGUUUAUGGCCGCCCAAGAAGAUGCGGAAGUUCUGGAUCGAACCCCAAUAAUUGCCGCCAUCAUGCGAUACCAUGAGAGUCGCUCAUACCUCCUAGAGUGCCUGCGACUCGUGUUUUACCAUUCAGAUUCAUCUUACCAGGAAAACGAAGAAAUAACGGAUCUCAUGCGCCGAGCCGGAGCCCUCAUAUUAGAUAUUCAACCAGGCUCAUUGCAUCCCGCAUCGCAGUUCACCAGGAAAUGCAUGGAGGCCAUGGGAGACAUUGCGAAAUAUCUUUCACUUAUCGCCGAUCAACUUCAAAAGGCUUCAGUUAUUGGCGAUGAUGUCGACCACGAAGUGAUGGAAGCCAUCGAAUUUCAGCGUCGCAGUCUGCUAUCGCAGCACGAGUCUUUGGGCGCUAUUAUAUUCCACCUCUUCAAGGGUACCUUCACCACUGCUGAGGAUUUCCGGUUCCUCAUCAAUCAGUUGAAGAAGCAGGAGCGGUUUGAUGCUUUGUUGAUUCAUUAUAUCCCAGUCACAAUCACUGCCUUCGUUCAAUAUGGGUCUCCAGAAGGAUCUGGAAACCAAGAAGUCGCUCGCAGUUUACAUUCGGUCAUCACCACUGCUAAAGACGGUAAUACCUACAAGCUACCAAGCUUUCAAUCAGCAAUCACUGCCCUUUGGCUGCCAAUAUACAGUGGAUGGUAUCUCGAUGAAAAUCCGUCUUCCAUCCCAGGUGUUGACAUUGAGCAAGAGGCUGCCGAUCGCACGAAGAUGUUCAUGACUGCCCUUGACGAUGGUGCUCUCGAUUUUGUUCUUGCCAUCUGCUCAGCUGUCAACAGCGAGGAAUGGGCUGAUCCAGCGCGAACAGAGCUAGUGGCCUUGCUUCUAAGAGAUAGUGUUGUUCCACUACCAGAGCUUGAGACUUGCGCUGAUAGCACGAAAGAGCUGCUCAUGGAGAAUUUUGAGGUUUUUGUGGAAGCCUGUAUUGCAAACAUGCCAGACGCAGUCCGCAAGCUGAAAGCAGAGGAGGACACCCAACGCUUGGAGCAAAUAACAGCUCUAAGGGAUGGGUUGACAUCCAAUUUGCAUCGUGGUUUAGUUGAGGCACGAACACACCUUGAGUCGCUCCUUCUGAUUAUCGCUUUCUCUUUCGAGCACCGACAAGAAGCGGCCCAAGAGUUCUGGGUUGACACCGACUCGAAUCUUUUUGGGUUCCUCCAGUGGGCUUCUAAGCGGCAGACGGUCCCACGAGUCAGUGCGUUCUGCGAAAUGUUGUGCUCAAUUUCCACAGGCGAAGAGAAUGCUACUGCUGCGCACCGUUUUCUUACGGAGGAAGAAAAAUUCAUGUCCUCGAAAAUGAGACGAUCAACAACAAUGAGCUGGACUCAAAUGUUUGCUGAAUUGCAUCUUUACGCAACCCGAAUCACGGAAAAGUCUUCGAGCAGUACCACUGCCGCGCAACAGGGCUUGAUGCAUGCGCGCAAACCGGAGCCAGUGGAUAUGACUGAGCCAGAGAGCCCAGUGAUGCUGACUUGCUAUCUACGUCUCAUGGGGCAUUUGUGCAAACAGAGUGAUGACAUCCGAACAUGGAUGUUGCAGAAUGAAUCCUUCAACGUCGUCAAGACGCUGCUGGACCUAUGCAGUGGAAUGAUUCCAACUCAUCUUCGAGCUACCAUUUUCGCUACCCUCUCAGCGUUGAUGACGGACAAAGACUCAACUCGAGGCAACGAAAUGUGGAUCUCGUUAGACCAGUGGCUGUCAACUGGGACUACUCCAGGUUUGUUAGGCCAAAUCACAGGAGGCUCGACAACCGCAUCUGCCAAACCUUCGGGCUCUUCUGGGCCUUCCGCUGGCACUAUGGGUAUCGGCAAAGCUCCUUCUCAAAUUUCCAACCCGGCUUUGUGGCACCAACAGCAGGUUUUACAGAAGAUUGGCGAAAGCUUCGAUCAAACCAAUGAGUUCGUCAAGUUGAUAAACACUUUGGUUAUGUCAAUUCCUGCUUCUGAGUUGCUCAUCAACCCCCUUUCGAUUCCCUUCCCGUCUUCUUUGGGUGGAACAUACCGUAUGCCUGGCAUUGAACCCUAUGUGGACUUUAUCCUAGGUCAUGCGAUGUCUCGUAAACUCCAAGAUUUGAAUGAACAGCAGUCUCGAUUUCUGACUUACCAUUGCUUGAAUUUUGCUGCACAAAGCUUGGGGUCAUUCAACGAGAACCUUGUCUCUGUCCUAAGCCAGCAAUCUCCUUCUGACUCGGCAGACACAACACAAGCCCUCGUCACCUACGUUCGCCUUCACUCAUUCGCCCGUGUGAUGGAAUGGCUUUUCAAUGAAGAUGUUCUCAAGGCUCUGUUUGCGGCUAGCCAGCAAAAUAUCGAUGAGGUCGCCCAGGCGUCAUCUGAUUCUGUUCUCGUCUUGACUCUUAUCCGUAGCAUUGAGAUUAUGAAUCUCGUCAUGGAUCUCCAAUCUACGUACUUCAAUAUUGUCAAGCCCCUGGUCAAGAACCAGGGUGGAAACAGGACGAAUGUUUCUAACUCAACGCUUGCCUGUUUCGAGGACAGUAUGCUCAAUAACCUGAGUUUGGUGCCUAAGCUUUGCCUGUACUGCGGCACUGGUCACCAGCAACUCACGAUAGCGUCGUUGGCUCUUUUGGAGAAACUGACGAGCUCUUCAAAGCUCAACAAAAUGUCUUCUCCGGAAAUCAUCAAGUGGCAAUCGUCAAAUAAAAUCGUGGAGAUUCUUGCCAAUGAGAUCGAUGUUGAUAGCGUGUCUCGAGCUCUUGUGAACCAAAUGCAACCCGAUGAAAGAGAGUUUGAUUGGGGCGCGGACGCAACCGGCUAUGUCAUUCGGGAGGGCAUACUCAACCUAUUGGAUCGUUGCUUAGGAAUGAUCACGGACCGGCCUACUGUCGCUCAUCUCUUACUCGGCUUUGGGUGUGUGGGCAAUGUGCUUGAUGUCCCACCUCAAGGUCUAAUGGCGAAUGGAAGGUCUUUAUUACAGGCCACAAUCGAUUUCUUGCAGGCCUGGCCUGUCGAGCUGAAUGGGUCCGUUGUCUCAUGGGCCAUUCAUCUGCAGCGUAUUGCGUUUAGCGUGUUACGGCAUCUUUGGUCUUCAAAGCUAGCAUCGUACUAUACCCUUGCUGAGAUGCGCUCUCGCCUUUUCCUCGUGAAUAUGCUAAGCAGAGAAUUAAUUGUCGGUCCGAACAGCCCAUGGGAUGGAUUUCUCGUGUCAGAUGAUGGGUUCUGGACCUCCGGUGCCCCUUCAGCGUUAUCGGAAUUCCUGCUCUACCGCAGCCAUCUAUUCGCAUAUGCUGCGACUGAGAUUAGGUCUGCUGCAAAGGUUGGAUCUCCAACUCUACAAAGUGAGAUCCUAUCAACUCUUCUCGGAAACUCUACCGUUGAAGGCGUAUCCGUUACAAACCCGUCUGUAUUCGAUCUUUUUGACAUCGCAGAUCUGGAUGUUAAUUUUCAGUACUCUGGGUCUCAGUUAAAUAUCCUGAGGGGCAUUGAUAUUGAUCUUUGUGCCAGAGAGGAAGAAGAAUCUUUAACCCUCUACAGCAUGGCCGAAGUUGAGGAACUGAUUCAAAUCGAGAAGGCAAAGUUGGCUGGUAGUGCUCCAGGAAGCCAGCUUGAGGAGGCUUUCCAAAUUGAGGCAGAUCUUCUGAAGGCUAUUGUCCAUGCGACCAACCAAUCUCGUCAAAUACAGCAUACCCGCUACCUUGCCCUUCGUUCAUGGGCAGAACUCAUCACCACAAUCAUCACCUGUUCUGUCAUCGACGAGACAAAUAAGCCAACAUUCAUACUCCAUGCUAUCCAAUUGAUACUCCCUAAGCUCGAGGUAGCCAUCGAUAAUGAUACGCCCGAGGCACUGGAGCUUGGCCGGCUGGCAGAAACGUUGAUCAGCUGCUUGACGUCCGAUAUAUCCGUCACGCGUGCCUCGCGAAGUGGAGAUGUCAUUGAUGAAAAGCUCCAUCAGUUAUUCCAAGUCUCCACGCGGGGUAUCACGCUGGCCACUGGGAAUGUGGCUCUGCGCGAGGUCCUCUACAGCAUCAGCUCUCAUUACAUUGCACGCAUAACAUCCUCCAAUUCUACUCACGAGACUCUCCGACGACACAGCCAGCAGAUCAUUAAAACUGCUGGCCCAGGUUUGGUUGAGGUUAUCUGUGAUGAUGCUUAUACCGGCCAGGAAGCUUGUCGCGCUGCUGCUCUCUUGCUUUUGAACUGUCUGGCAAUUUUGGAUAGCCGCACCGAUUGCAUUUUAGCCGAACUCGUCUCUCAGUCCAAUUAUCUCAGUCUGUUCCUCGACGCCAUCAAAUCCCUGCCGAACGAACUCUACGGCGCCAAAGCAGGUGAUAUACCCGCCCUUCUUUCAUACUAUGAGUCACUACUUGCAGUGCUUCAGCAGCUAUGUCAGACCAAGAGUGGUGCGACCUGUGUCAUAAAGUCAGGGUUAUUUGAGGCCGUACGAGAUUCGCAACUGUUCGCGACCGAUCCAGACAUCGGCAUUGAAAUGGAUAAUCCGGAUUCUCUGCGGAGAUAUUACGUCUUGUUGUUGUCUGUGAUCCGAGUCAUUGUCUCUGCGGUUUUCUCGCGUGGCAUCCACAACGAGCAGAUCAAAGCACAGACCCUGUCUUUUAUUGCAGAGAACCGCACCUGCAUGGUUGGUAUUUUCAAGAGAUUUGCCAAAAUCGGCGGCAGCGCAGCAGCCGAUCAACAGGAAACUCUCUGCGAGCUGGUGAAGUCGUUCAUGGCUCUAGUGACGGCGUCUGGCUUCGUUGAUUUCGAGGAGGAAGAAAGGCAACAGACUACUCAGCCUUUGAUAUUUUCCUGA